CUAUAGCGUCAUAACUUUAUAGGCCCACGGAAAUGGACUGAUGAGGUUGAAGCAUCUUAGAGUGUCAGGUCAGUGUCUAUCGUUAUUGACACGUGUAAUCACUCGCACAUUCUAGAUUUAUCCCUCUGGAACUUUCCAGCUUAUUGGUCAGUGUCUAUAAGUUUGGAGCUAAGCAUCAGUGAAAUUCAAAACAUAUCACAACUCGACAAUACGAAGAAGAUUCAAUCCGAAAGACAAAGAAAAUGAGUGCUGUUGCGGUUAACCAUUUGUUCGGUUUGCCGGAGACGAUCGAGAAGCUGAUCUUCCCAACCUCACGCUCCGGUGAGGGUAACGAGACUCGAGGAGGAAGCAGCAACAACAAUAACAUCCCCAUUGACAUUCUUGAAUCUCCCAAAGAGUACAUCUUCUACAUCGACAUCCCCGGAGUGUCCAAAUCCGACAUCCAGGUGACUGUAGAGGAAGAGAGGAUCCUUGUGAUAAAGAGUAACGGGAAGAGGAAGAGAGAGGAUCAUGACGAGAGCGAAGAAGGAUGCAAGUACAUCAGGCUCGAGAGGAGGCUUCCUCAGAAUCUCGUGAAGAAGUUCCGUUUACCUGAAGAUGCUGACGUGGAGGCCGUGGCGGCUAAAUAUCAAGAUGGGGUUCUGACAGUUACCGUUGGGAAAGUACCGCCGCAGCCACCGAAGUCUAAGACGGUUCAGAUCGCGGUUUCUUGAACGGUUUAGAGAAUAGACCGGUUUGUGAACGUGUUUCGUAGUUUGUAAAGGUGUUUUUUUGUUUGGUCUGUAACCCCAUCAGGGUCUCUUAAUGAUAUUUUAAAUAUUAAUUGUCA